AGAGGAGAGAGCGGGAGGAGGGACGGGAGGCUGGAACAGGGCAGCCGAAGGCCGGGCCAGGUGGCUGGAGCGGGUGCCGGCCGCGCUGCGCUGCUCUCGGUUCCGACGGCCUCUUUCAUGCGCUGAGGGCGCCCGGCUGGGCCGGGCCGGCGGCCGGAGGGGAGGCUCCUCUCCAUGGUCCAGAAGACCAGCAUGUCCCGGAGCCCUUACCCACCCUCCCAGGAGAUCCCCAUGGAGGUCUUCGACCCCAGCCCGCAGGGCAAAUACAGCAAGAGGAAAGGGCGGUUCAAAAGGUCGGAUGGGAGCACGUCCUCGGAUACGACAUCCAACAGUUUUGUCCGCCAGGGCUCAGCGGAGUCCUACACCAGCCGUCCAUCGGACUCUGACGUGUCUCUGGAGGAGGACCGGGAAGCCUUAAGGAAGGAGGCAGAACGCCAGGCAUUAGCCCAGCUCGAGAAAGCCAAGACCAAGCCGGUGGCAUUUGCUGUGAGGACAAAUGUCGGCUACAACCCGUCUCCGGGGGAUGAGGUGCCGGUGCAGGGAGUGGCCAUCACCUUCGAGCCCAAGGACUUCCUGCACAUCAAAGAGAAAUACAAUAACGACUGGUGGAUUGGGCGACUGGUGAAGGAGGGCUGUGAGGUUGGCUUCAUCCCCAGCCCCGUCAAACUGGACAGCCUGCGCCUUCUGCAGGAACAGAAGCUGCGCCAGAACCGCCUCAGCUCCAGCAAAUCAGGUGACAACUCCAGCUCCAGCCUGGGAGACGUGGUGACUGGCACCCGCCGCCCCACGCCCCCUGCCAGUGGUAAUGAAAUGACUAACUUAGCCUUUGAACUAGACCCCCUAGAGCUAGAGGACGAGGAGGCAGAGCUCGGGGAGCAGAGCGGCUCUGCCAAGACUAGUGUUAGCAGUGUCACCACCCCGCCACCCCAUGGCAAACGCAUCCCCUUCUUCAAGAAGACAGAGCAUGUGCCCCCCUAUGACGUGGUACCUUCCAUGAGGCCCAUCAUCCUGGUGGGACCGUCGCUCAAGGGCUAUGAGGUUACAGAUAUGAUGCAGAAAGCUUUAUUUGACUUCUUGAAGCAUCGAUUUGAUGGCAGGAUCUCCAUCACUCGUGUGACAGCGGACAUUUCCCUGGCUAAGCGCUCAGUCCUCAACAACCCUAGCAAACACAUCAUCAUUGAGCGCUCCAACACACGCUCCAGCCUGGCUGAGGUUCAGAGCGAGAUCGAGCGAAUCUUCGAGCUGGCCCGGACCCUUCAGUUGGUUGCUCUGGAUGCUGACACCAUCAACCACCCAGCCCAGCUCUCCAAGACCUCACUGGCCCCCAUCAUUGUUUACAUCAAGAUUACUUCUCCAAAGGUACUUCAGAGGCUCAUCAAGUCCCGAGGGAAGUCUCAGUCCAAACACCUCAAUGUCCAAAUAGCGGCCUCAGAGAAGCUGGCGCAGUGUCCCCCGGAAAUGUUUGACAUCAUCCUGGACGAGAACCAAUUGGAGGAUGCCUGCGAGCACUUGGCCGAAUACUUGGAAGCCUAUUGGAAGGCCACACACCCGCCCAGCAGCACUCCGCCCAAUCCGCUGCUGAACCGCACCAUGGCUACUGCAGCUCUGGCCGCCAGCCCCGCCCCUGUCUCCAACCUCCAGGGACCCUACCUUGCUUCCGGGGACCAGUCGCUGGAACGGGCCACCGGGGAGCACGCCAGCGUGCACGAGUACCCGGGGGAGCUGGGCCAGCCCCCAGGCCUUUAUCCCAGCAGCCACCCACCAGGCCGGGCGGGCACCCUUCGGGCACUGUCUCGCCAAGACACGUUUGAUGCCGACACCUCUGGCAACCGAAACUCUGCCUACACGGAGCUGGGAGACUCAUGUGUGGACAUGGAAACUGACCCCUCAGAGGGCCCAGGGCUUGGAGACCCUGCAGGGGGCAGCACCCCACCAGCCCGGCAGGGAUCCUGGGAGGAUGAGGAAGAAGACUGUGAAGAGGAGCUGACCGACAACCGGAACCGCGGCCGGAAUAAGGCCCGCUACUGCGCAGAGGGUGGGGGUCCAGUUUUGGGGCGCAACAAGAAUGAGCUGGAAGGUUGGGGGCGAGGUGUCUACAUCCGCUGAGAAGCAGGGGCCACACAGUGGGGGGAAGGGCUCUGAGCCCGGGGGAGGGGCGGGACAGAGGGGCUCACCACAGGGAUGUAUCUUUCCUCCAGGGGGCGCUGUCUCCCACCUUUCAGAUGCCUUUGCUCGAUUUUUGGGGUUUCUUUGGUGGUAGCAUCCCACCUCCUGGGAUAACUUUAAGCCCCAACUGUAGGUUUUUCACUUACCUGCUGUGGAUGGAUAGGGGGAUGCCCACCUUUCUGCAGUGUCCCCUCUUCCCCACAUCAGGGGGCUCUCUCCCCUCACUCCCAGAGAAAAGGUGCACUUCCUUAACUCUACUUGGGGCUCUAAAUAAGGGUCCUACAUGGGGUAGCCCUUUCUUUCCCCAACCUGGAGUAUUUGGGAAGGGUGGGGGGGCUUUUCCUGGAGAGGGAGACCACAGACUCUUUCCCACGAGGGCUCUCUUCCCCAAACCCCAGGUCCAGAGUCCUUCACCGUGCCCACCCCUUCCCCAGCUUCCUGGCAGCGUUGUCUGGUGGGUGGAAGCUAUGGAACGGAAGCCCCAUGGGGAGCUUGUCUUGGGGAGGGGUCUGGGUAGAAGGGGAUAGGCAUCAGAUGUAGUGCCCUCUGCCUGCCCAGGACCUAGACCCCUGAGGAGUGGGCAGCCCGAGACACUGCUACCCACCCCACCACUUCCAUGCCUCAGCCUUCGCCUACCCCAGGAAUGAGCUUUGCCUACAACAUCCUUUGCCUACUGCCGUCUGAAGAGGGGGGCCCCUCUGCGUCUGAGCCCCCCACCCUGUUUCACCUGGGUGUGGCACCCAUGGAACACUUUAGUCCGCCUCAUUUUGAAACCAAAAAACUGCUCCUUCACUCUCACCCGGAGGCCCCAGGGGAGAGGCCCUGGGGGUGGGUGCCCAAGAGGCGAUCACCACCCCAGCGGUUGCCUCGGGACCUCGGAUCUCCCCUGGGGGGCUUGGCUGCUGCUGCUGCUCCGGAUUUGCCUCUUGUGACCCUGUCCUUUACCCCUGUCCACUCCCUCUGGGAGAGGCCUUGGUACCCCCUCUGCCCUGGAGUGUCCCUCUGCCUAGCAUCCCUACAGCCCAGCAGCCCUGCCCCUCUCCAGCACCCAGCUGGGCCAGAGAGAGCCGAUUGUGCCAACGAGGACUGGGCCCUGCCCGGCUGCCCGCCUCAGGGAUGGGCACCUCAUGCCUGUCUCGCCACCUCCUGUGCCAAUGUUGUCCCACCCCCCCACCUGGGGUGGGGUGCAGCUUCCACUUACUGGUUAGAAGACACCACUGCCCAACCUUCCUCCCUCCCUGUCUGGUGUCCUGUGCCCCCAUCUGUCUGUCUGUUUGUCUGUACUCCCCUAGAAGUAUUUUGCCACAUAUAAAACCGCCGUCCUGUCCUUUGCAGCUGCCUCCCGAGCCUGCUUUUUUUGUUCCUGCCACACGGUGGCCGGCCGGGCAUGUGGGAGUUGCCCACAUGCAGGGGGAGAGGUAGAGGUGGGCGCAGGAAGCUGUGCCCCAAGUUGUUUGCUCAGCAGGAGAGAUGGUACUUUGUUUUGUGGCUCUGAUGCAUUAUGAUCAAGCUUGAUGGGAGCUGUGUGGCCGGUUUCCCCUUCCCAUUCAAGCCAGCCCCAAGUCUUAACCUGUUACCCCGUAAGUAGAGCCAGGAAAAAUGCAAAGCUGAGGUGGAGAGAUGGGGUGUCGCGGGCACUAUUCAGUGGGUAAGAUCCAGACCCACUGGCACGAUGUCUUAAGGGCAUGUGCUCGUUCUUCUCCUGUGGCCUCUACUGCUUCCCAACACCUGAGAGAGAGCGGCUGAGUUCCUACCAGCUCCCUCAUCCACUGAUGCCCCGCUAGCCAGCUUUGGGAGAGGGGAAGAGGUCUACUUGGGGGGCGGGGGAGAGAGAACGGGGACUCCCCCAGCCCCAGCCUGAGAACAUCAAGAAGGACAAAGUCAGCAGGUGACAUUACCAGCUGGCAGGAUGUGGACCUCUGACCGUUGUGACUGCUCUCACCUGUGUCUCCCUCACAUGGCACUCGCCAUGGCAUUUCUCCAUUCUCUUGGUUCUUGUUUCUGGGAUGGUGGACCUGGGGAACUAGAGCUCCUGGGUCCCUCAUCUGAAUGCUUCUGCCCAAAGUGUGUAUGUGUGUGUGUGUGUGUGUGUAGGGCAACAGACAUCUAGGCCUUUCAGGUGAGGAGUUAACAGACCCAAGUGACUGGCCCAAGGUCCCUGGGAGUUGAUGGCAAAGACUGCUGGGAUUGGAUUCCAGUCUGCCUCCCAGCCUAGCUCUCACCCCACUGCCUUUCAAUGGAAUCA